AUGCCGGCUGGCCUGGAGAAGGCGUGCCAUCAAUGCAUUUCUAAAAUUGCCAGUCACGCCUGCUUUGUUUUUGUGCUUUUUGCUUCCCUGGCCCUGCCUCUGUCCAUGGCUUUCACAGGAAUGAAGUUUCUGGAGGACUGCCCCAUACAGCCCCUAAUUCCUUCCUAUCUGCUAGUGGGCGGGAUCAUUGGAACCUUAAAGGUGUCUCUCCUGCUCUACGACUCCACCAGGAUGAGGCGGCUUCUGUCCAAGGCUGUGGUGAUCGAUGAUGAUGACGAUGAUGAAUACCCCUGGAGGCAGAAUGCACACAAAUACUACAUUCACCUCAUCCUCAGCCUCUUCCUCUUCCUCUGGUUCAUUCUGGGAAAUUACUGGGUCUUCUCUGUGUACCUGCCUGAUUUUAUCCCCCCUUUCCAGCAGCCUCAGGCUUACUGUGACAAAACCCUGUACCUCUUUGCUGUUGGGGUGCUGGUGCUCAGUCACACUGUGCUGGCCUCACUCAUUCUGUGCAGUGGUUGUGUCUAUGUGUGUUCUAGGUGGAGACUAGCUGCCACUGAAGACUGCUAG